AUGUCCCAAGCAAAUCAUGGCCACCAGAUAGACCUGCUUGCUUUUCCUUCAACAAAGCACUUCCUUGCCGACCAAACUGUUCCUAUCCCCACUGUUGCCAUUUCUGUCAGAAAAACCACCCCGUUAUCUUUUGCCCAUCCAGGUCCUCUAAGCUCGGUCCCAACUAAAUUUUUUCACAAACCCUCAUUAGUGCACACACCGGUUAAGGUUCGCGUUCUAAAUAAGUUUUUGUUAUCCCACCCCAACAGGGAUCUCGUAGAUUUCAUUGUAUCAGGUUUUACCUACGGAUUUAGGUUAGGAUGCAGCCAGAACACUCCCUUAACCUCGGCUACAAGAAAUAACAAAUCGGCUUUUACUUAUGAGAAUUUAGUUGAUGAGGCAAUUUUAAAGGAAUUAAACAGAGGCCACACUGUAGGACCAUUUGACUUUAAACCGUUGGAUAACUUCCACUGUUCUCCUUUGGGCGCAGCACCUAAAAAAGAUGGCACUGUCCGGGUAGUUCUUGACCUAUCUUCCCCCAGAGGGUUCUCUGUCAAUGACAGGAUAAGUAAAGAAGAGUUCUCUGUACAAUACUCAUCAUUUGAUGAAGCAGUCAAUCUCAUAAAAUCUUUAGGCCCGAACUGCUACAUGGCUAAAUUAGACAUAAAACACGCCUUUCGGUUAUGCCCUGUACACGCUGAUGAUUGGCAUCUUUUGGGGUACCUAUGGAAAAACAGAUAUUAUUAUGAUGUGGUUCUGCCGUUUGGGGGAAGAUCCUCACCCUUCAUUUUUAACAACUUUGCGGAUCUACUAACAUGGAUUUUAACUGUUAUUAUACUUGUUACUAAUUUAAAACACUAUCUUGACGACUUUAUAACAGCCCACUGCACUAAAUCUCAAUGCCAAUAUGUUGUUGAUGCCAUUAUCCAUACAUUUUCAUUAAUUGGCGUCCCUCUGGCUGAAGAAAAAAUUAUUGGUCCAGUACAAGUAAUCACUUAUCUCGGUAUUGAAAUUGACACCAUCAAUUUAGUUCUAAGAUUACCUCAUCAGAAAUUUAGCAAUCUCAUGGCAGAGUUGAGGCAAUGGCACGGCAGGAAAAAAUGCAAAAAAAGGGAUUUGUUAUCAUUAAUAGGGUCACUUUCUUUCGCUUGCAAAGUAGUGAAGAGCGGCAGAAUUUUCCUUCGACGUUUGAUUGACUUGUCCACCAAAGUGGAUAGGUUACAUCAUCACAUUGACAUUAGUGCAGAGGCUAGGAAAGACAUAGAAUGGUGGCUUGAAUUCUUACCAUCGUGGAAUGGGGUUGCUUUAUUUCACACAAACACCAUUUUGUCUAGCAAAGUUGACCUGUUCACUGAUGCCUCAGGAGUAGGACUAGGGGGAUACUAUAAUGGCCAGUGGUUCUCAUUGCCCUUUCAAUCUAAGCGCACUUAUAGCAUCAGCUUCCUUGAAUUGUUAGCCAUUGUUAUAGCUACGUUUUGUUGGGGAGAAGGUUGGACAGACAACGAGGUGGUGUUAGGCACAGACAAUGAAGCCAUUGUGCAAAUCUGGCACACAGGCUCAUGCAAAUGCAAAGAUAUAAUGACAUUAAUCCGUCACUUAUUCUUUUUUACUGCUCAACGUAAGCAAGUUCAAAAAAGAAUGCAUGAAAGCAGACAGGUGUCCCACAGCCAUUCCUUCAUCUGUUUGGAAUCUAUUGAAAAGUCUGUGAAUUAUUAUUUGUAUUCUUCCAUUUCACCAAAUACAAGACUAACUUAUCGUUCUGGUAUCCGGGCAUACCAACAAUUUUGUCAAAACGUCAUGGUACCUAUGUUUCCUCUUAAAGAGUUAACUUUACAAUUUUUUGUGUCGUACCUGGCAGAUCGCAUUAAAUUCUCAACUAUUAAAGUCUAUUUGUCUGGCAUACAAUAUCAUAGCAAGAUGCAAGGCUAUAAAGAAAACAUAUCUUCAAUGGCUAAAUUAUUUUACGUUAUGCGAGGUAUCCGCAGAUGCCAUCCACAUUCCCGUACUACGAGAUUGCCUAUUACACCUGUUCAUCUGCACGAAAUGUUAAACUUUAUUUGUGAAUCUAAAUUUACUUGUCAUGACAAAGCAUUAUGGUCUGCUCUCAUCCUUGUUGCGUUUUUUGGGUUUUUACGUGUAUCCGAAUUUGUUACACCAUCAAAAAAUUUUUAUGAUCCUAAAAUUCACCUGUCACCUUCAGACAUUGAAUUUUCUUCCUCGGCAACAAUCGUAAAGCUAACCAUCAAGGCAUCCAAAACAGAUCCAUUUAGGAAAGGUGUCACAAUUCGUCUUGCAAUGAUUGAACACAAAUUUUGCCCAGUAAAAGCUUUAAGAAAUUACCUGUUACUUCGGGGGGCUAAGGCUGGUCCGUUGUUCGUUUUGUCAAAUGGGGAUUUUAUCACUCGGAAGUACGUUUCAGCAUUUUUGUUCGUCAGUCUAAGUGAUAGUUUGCAUUUAAAUACCCAUAGUUUCCGUAUUGGUGGGGCCUCUACAGCAGCUUCGUGCGGCAUUCCUGACUCAGCCAUAAAAACACUUGGUAGGUGGUCCAGUGACUGUUACAGAAGGUAUAUCCAUUUAUCUAAUAGCGCUUUGCGUAAGUGGAGUGGCAACAUGGCUUGCCUUGAUGCGUUGUUAAGUCUGUUAUGGCAUGUUGAAUUAUCUCGUCGUUCUCUUCAAAUAUCGGCUCAUAGACCAUGUUAUUUGGGGGAAUUUGGGGGUGCUGGGCUGCCCUGGGCAGCCACAAAGUGUAGAGAUGUGCGUGUACCCCUGGAAGAGUAUGGUGAAUUCAGUACAGGUGCGAGGAGAUGA